AUGCCUCUGCAGCGCAGCCUUGGUCUAAGCUGGGAUGUAAACAAUGACACCUUUCUGUUCCAACUAUCAAAAGACAAUAAACCUGCCACACGAAGAGGUUUACUUUCAACCAUCAAUGGGAUUUAUGACCCUCUAGGCUUUUUAGCACCAGUGACUAUUUAUGGUAAACUCCUACUCAGGCAACUGAUAGCACAGACUCGAGAGUGGGAUGAGUCCCUCUCUGAAGAACUAACAUCUCUAUGGAAUUCUUGGAAGAAUACCUUAGAUGCACUUGAAGCCCUGCGUAUUCCACGGACAUAUGUGACAAAUCUCAGCAAAGCAGUGACGAAAGAACUUCAUGUGUACAGUGACGCAUCUGAAAAGGCCAUAGCGGCUGUCGUUUAUUUGCGCACAACCGAUAGUGACGGACAGUGCAAAGUUGGAUUCAUGUUGGGAAAGGCUAAAGUUGCACCCAUAAGUGGACACACUAUCCCAUGA